AGAAAAGGAAACAAAGACAAUGUGACUGUUACUACGGUUACUAGGUUACUACGGUUACUAAGUUACUAGGUGACGGGAUGACCCCAUGUCGUCGGUAGGAGACUCCCUGCCCGACUACGAGAAGGUUGGCCAGCUCGGGGAACCUCCAGAGUACCAGAACACUUCUUCAGCAGCCCGGCACCGCACUAAACAUGACAGAAACUUGCCCGUGUUCGAGGAUGAUGACUUGCCCCCCACUUACGAGUCUCUAUUUGGGCAGAUCAAGGAGGAGUGGCUGACUGCUGAGAACUUCUCAGAUUUCUUACGAAAAGCUGGUGGAAUUCUGAUAGCCUCCCUGGCAUGCACCCUUGUGUUACUCUUCCUACUCAUUCUACCUGUAGCUUACAUUGUUAUCGGAGCUGCAUACCUCGACAAGUGCCCCAUCAACAGAAUGAUUCCAAUAUACCUAAUAGUGGCGGGAGUUCUAGGACUACUCCAAAAUGGACUGAUGUUACUGAGGAAACAAGUGCCUAAUAACCAAGCAUUUAGUUUAGCUUACAGAGGGUACGAGUUAUUUUUAGCUGUCGUAUCUUUUGUCUGGUUCAUUCUGGGUACGAUCUGGGUCUACAGCGUAUUUAAAAAUGUGUGUUUCAACAGAGGAGACGUUAUCUGUUACUGUGAUAACGUGUGUUACUGGUUCGCAUUUCUCAUGAUCACUCUAACUUACAUCCUAAUAGUGAUACUGGUGAUAGUAGUGGUAGUUAUCAUGACAUUUUCCCUACGUUGGUUUGACAGACGAGAAAUAAUGGACCGACCAAGAACUGGCUACGAAAAUGUUGACUCGCCUCCGCCUCAAACGGAACAGAUGAACUCGCCUGCUCCUCUCGUAGGACCGGGCGAAGGGGACUCAACUCAGGGACUGUUUUUGGGAGAUAACUCCUUUCUUAAUCUUAAUUAUAGGAGCACUCAGACUAACGACCAGAACUAUUCUCACAUAGAGAACGACUGACUAUCUAGUUACUUAUAAUUUUGUGGUUUUAUAUUAUAAGUUAUGGUUGUAACAAAGUCAGAGAUAAAUUUUAGAAAUGGUGAUAUUUUAAAAGUUAUUUUACUGUGCUGACUGGUUUCAGUUAAAAUAAGUUAAAGUUAAAAGUUUAGUUCAGAUGACAAUUCAGACAUGAUCUAAGUUAUGGUAGCUGUUGUAAGAUGUAAGCACUGAACAAUGAAUAAGUUAUAAGACAGUGUGUUCAACACACCCCUUUAUUUGUCAUAAAUCGUAUUCAGACACGAUAGAUAUUAAACAUAAUCAACCCAAGCAAUAGUUAAAACACACUUCAAGUAACACACUAUAUUUCCUCCCCUAUUAUUGCUUGGUCCUACGAUACUUCAUCGCGGUUGGAUCCUCAGUUCGAGCUGCUGAACCCUUGUGACUGAUGACGUCAUCAAACUUUGAACCAAUCAGUGGCGGUCCCCGUGGUUUGGGAUUGUUCCUCCGGAUAGCGUCACAAAUGCUUUCUCCACGAUACCUGCAAUUAAAAUAAAUAAAUAUAUGUUAUAAGAGUUUAAUGUAUAAAUGUUAUCGGUGGUUUAUAUCAAGUUUUACAAAGAAUGCAAAUGUUAAGAAAAGAUAAAUAUUCACUUUUAAAAGUUUAAUGAUUGAUUCGAAAUUCGAAUGAAACUUGAAAAAAUUGGAAAUGCUGAUAAAUAGUGAUAAUCUUUAUAGUAAUUGUUUAUGUUUCAUCUCUGUAAUUUAACUUAUAUUAACAGAAACUAUAAUUAAUCUAGAUUAGACUUGAGCGUUCUUUUCAACUAUCCCUUGUUUAGAACUUUUAUUUAAUAAUAAAUAAUAAUAAUAUGCCAUGAAUAGUAUGGGGCUGGAUGGAUAGCAGGCUGCUGCAGACCCCUGUCAAGCUUAAAGUAAAACAAUUAUACUGUCAUUAGUUGUCAUACGUUGUGACCUGCCGAGUGCCGCGCCCGAGUGCGUAGCUGUAUCGUAGCCACGAUACUAGUGGCUUUCACUUAGUGAAACGACAAUGGGGGUCACGACGUGAUACAAGUCAUUAGGCGUAUGGCUUUUCAAUUUAAAAAUUUAUUUAACACGCUUACCACGUAUCUUAGUAGUGUCAUUUCUUUCUUGAAUUAUAACGACUAAUCUGGGGACCUCAGGCUAUCAUGUUCAUAAACGAAUACAGAUUAAGCGGAAUUACAGGCUGUGCGCGGCCUAGUAAAUACCGACUAAUGAUUAACGAAAUUUUAAUUAUUGCUGCAUUUUAUUAUUUUCCU